CAACAAACCACUGGAAGUGAGAGAUGAGAGUGGAGUGAGAGUUGUGGACCACUUGUGGUGAUAUUGCGGUGAUAUUGGCGACGAUAUGGUGUCCAAAGCGGGCAAAAUGCUGCUCAAGAAUACCAUUCAGUCCACUGAACUCCAGAACAGAAUCAAAGAGGAGAGGGAAAUGUGGACCAAAAAGAGGAAUGAAAGACAUGAAGACAAUGAGCGAAGAGUCCAAUCUCGAGAUAGUGUGGCCCAGAGUUACCGUAAAAGACAUUGCGAUGAAGACAUACAUGAGAGCCAUAAAAGACAUAAAACAAAAGACACGAAACGAGACAACUAUUGGCUCAAGAGAUUGAUGUCUGAAGAGGAGAAGCACUCAAACUCGAGAUGGACUCACAAUGGCUUCAAAGAGCUAUAUUCCUCAGAGUUAGCCACAGAUAGUCGCAGUUCCGACAGCUCAGAGGAAGAAAUGAGACAUAAGAAGAGCAAAAAGAAGAGAAAACAUAAAAAAGACAAAAAGCAUAAGAAAACGAAGAAAAAGAAGAAGAAGGGAAAGGAAUAGACAUUACAGUAGUUUUAGAC